CUAAAGGAAAAGGAGAACAAAAGGUAAAAACUACACCUCCUCCGCGGAUGUGGGUGUUUUAUGCAGGCAUAUUGCUGAAACUGAUAAAUCACCACACACUUCCUCCAUGUGAAGCACGGGACCUGUGUGCUCGGCUGGAUUGGUCCAUCACUUCAUGGGUUAUCAUCAGUCUGCUGCUCAAACAGCUAAGCUAUAGCUGUCGUAGUGCAGACGCGACUUCACACCGCAGCAGAAGCAGGCACCAAUUCCCCCCCGAGGCGCCCAUCUGAUGGAGCAGUGGUUGUCGGUCUUUGUGAAGAGGCACCAUGUUUCCUUGUCAUGUAACCCCCUGGCCCUCUGCUGAGCCGCCGGCCUCCUGCGGUCAUGCACCUCCAGCGCAGCCCUCACAACCCCUGCCGGAUCUGCUGUGCAGCUGUCCCGCUCCACCUUUGAACGCCCACUCUGAGACGCCCUCCCCAGACCCCAUGGAGUCCCUCAUCGUGGUCACGGAGUACGAACCCAGCAGACCGCCUGGAGAGGCUGGGGAGGAUGAGGUAGAAGAAAUGGACAGUUCUGAGACGCCCGAGCCAGCUUCCUCUGUGGCGGCGUCUUUCCGGACUCCUUCCUGCGACCUGCUGUCCCACACUGUUAGCCGGUCAGCGGCUCUGUUACCUGAAAGGGGGAGAUUAAACCUUUCAGACCGGAAACUGUCCCUGCAGGAGCGCUCGCAAACUGCAACAUCACCCUGCAGCUCACCGGGACUCAACGGGCGCUACAUUUACCCGUCAUUACCCUACUCUCCCAUCACGUCGCCCCAUUCCUCUCCACGCUUGCCCCGCCGGCCCACUGUGGAGUCCCACAGUGUUUCCAUCACAGACCUCCAGGACUGUGUUCAACUCAACCAGUACAAGCUGAAAGAUGAGAUUGGAAAGGGCUCCUACGGCGUUGUCAAGCUGGCUUACAAUGAGGAUGACAACACGUACUAUGCGAUGAAGGUGUUGUCCAAGAGGAGGCUGAUGAGGCAAGCAGGUUUCCCACGGAGACCUCCCCCUCGUGGAGCCAAAGCAGCACCUGAUUGUCCCCCUCAGCCCAAAGGACCACUGGAGCGGGUAUAUCAAGAGAUUGCCAUCCUGAAAAAGCUGGACCAUUCUAAUGUGGUGAAACUUGUAGAGGUUUUGGAUGACCCCAGCGAGGACCAUCUGUACAUGGUGUUUGAGCUGGUCAAGCAAGGGGCUGUGAUGGAGGUGCCGACAGAUAAACCUUUCAGUGAGGACCAGUCACGCUUUUACUUCCAAGAUCUGCUACGGGGAAUCGAGUAUUUACAUUACCAGAGGAUCAUCCAUAGAGACGUCAAACCGUCUAACCUGUUGGUGGGAGAGGACGGACACAUCAAGAUAGCAGACUUCGGAGUCAGUAACCAGUUCGAGGGGACUGAUGCCCUCCUGACCAGCACAGUGGGAACACCUGCUUUCCUCGCCCCUGAAGCGCUCUCUGAGACCAGGAAGAACUUCUCUGGAAAGGCGUUGGAUGUUUGGGCCAUGGGAGUGACACUUUACUGCUUCGUCUUUGGAGUGUGUCCGUUUAUGGACGAGCGCAUCAUUAGUCUCCAUCAGAAAAUCAAGACACAACCUGUGGAGUUACCUGAUCGUGCUGACAUCUCGGAUGAUCUCAAAGAUCUGUUGCUGAAAAUGCUGGACAAGAAUCCAGAGACCAGGAUAUCAAUCCCGCAGAUUAAGGUGCACCCAUGGGUGACGAGGCACGGCGCUGAGCCCCUUCCUCCGGAGGAUGACAACUGUUGUAUGCUGAUUGAGGUGACCGAGGAGGAGGUGGAGAACUCUGUUAAACACAUCCCCAGCCUGGCUACAGUGAUCCUGGUGAGAACUAUGCUGAGGAAGCGCUCCUUUGGGAACCCCUUUGACUGGGGCCGUAAAGAAGACCGCAGCAGUUUGUGUGCUUCGGGGCAAACUCUCACGAAAGGCAGAGCAGGCAAUGUGAGGUACUGCUACAUUCAUUGUAACCGAAGAAGGAAACAGGAGAGCGGUGAUGGCAUGAGGAGCAUGGACCUGCCCUACGUGGGAGAGGACGAGGCUCUUUCCUGAUGCAGAGGGCUCAUUAUGCACGCUGGUAUCUGCCUGCCUGUAACCACACAGCACAACACCCCUUUACUCACAGUUUUAUACUGGCAGCCUACGCCUGUGUACAUUUCCUGGGGAGGUGGACGCAGAAAAAAAAGAGAAAUAAAGAACAAUUUGAAAGCUUUUAUCCCAUUCCUAAAAAGGCUCAGUUUUAGGGUUGUGAUACUUGAGACUGUCCCACGAGAAGAGAACCAUGAACCCGUCUUCAGCUUUUAUCGCCCAACCCACUUCUCCCUCCUCUUAUCCUGCAUGCGUUUACAGUCCUGGCAUGCCUCGUCUCAGGCUUCAACUGUACAGUUUCGUGUUUUAAUCGUAGUCUAUAGCCACUUUUGUGUUUUUCUCCUCGUCUUUACUUGACAAUUCUUUCAGGUACACAGGGCGCGGGAACAGGGCAGCGAUGGCGAUGGUUUACGGGGAGGGAUGGUCGUCUUCGUCAUCACCUCGACACGCUCUUAAGUAGAGCAGGUUUCUUUGACAAUGAUUGUCUGGUUCACUCUGCUGCAGAGUAGCAGUGCCCAGUUUUGUAACAUAUUUUAUGGUGUACAGUUUUCCCAAAAUUAUAAAAAAAAAGGGGAGUGAAAAAAUGUUUACUUCAUUGAAUGCAUGUGUUUACAUUCCCAAUGCAAACACUCUAUAAGCUAUUUAUGAACAUUUGCACGCUCACUUGCAUUUUUUUUUUUUUUGGUCUUAUCACUGGCUCUUUAUGAAAGCUCCCAUUUACUACAAUCAAUAGAAAGCUUUAAUGAUAUAGUGCUUUGUGAACAAUCAGUCAUACAAGAUAGCAUAGAAAAAAAGUGAAAGUGAACGUUGAUAUGAUUUUUUGGUGUUUGCUAUUUGUAUUUUUUUAAAAUCAUAGAGCUACAACAAAUUGAGUAACCAAGGUACUGAUCUACCAAAUGUAUAUGAGAAAAACCGAAUGUGUUGGUGCAAAAUUACUGUCUGCAUAGUUCAAUUUUUUUAUUGUUAAAACUGCAAA